AUGGGCAAGUCACAGUCAAAACUCUCCCCUACCCAGCUCGAGGAGCUCCAAAGGGCUACCCACUUCGAUAAAAAGGAACUGCAACAAUGGUAUAAGGGUUUCCUGAAGGACUGUCCGUCCGGCCAAUUGACAAAGGAGGAGUUCCAAGACAUCUAUCGGAAAUUCUUCCCCUUCGGCGAUCCAUCGUCGUUUGCGAAUUAUGUAUUCCGGGUCUUCGAUUCAGAUAAUAGCGGGAUGAUCGAUUUCAAGGAGUUUAUCUGCGCACUGUCGGUCACCUCGCGCGGGAGAAUGGAGGACAAGCUGGACUGGGCCUUCCAACUCUACGACAUUGACGGCGAUGGCAAGAUCACCUAUGACGAGAUGCUGGCUAUUGUUGAGGCAAUCUAUAAGAUGGUUGGCUCAAUGGUGAAGCUUCCGGAGGACGAGGACACGCCAGAGAAACGAGUCCGCAAGAUCUUUCGCAUGAUGGACAAGGACGAGAACGGCAGCCUCGAUAUGGAAGAGUUCAAAGAAGGGAGCAAGCGCGAUGAAACGAUUGUUAGCGCGUUGUCGCUAUACGACGGGCUGGAUUCCCACUUCCCCACCCGUUCACAUCGGCCGAUUCUGAUUGGUACAUCCUCCUGGUCAGAUGUCGACACCUCUGGUGUAGUCUACUCUUGUUCGCACUGUACUGAAAUCCAAGGGUAA